CCAUGGCCGCGCUCAGCCACCCCGCCGCCUUCGGCCGGGUCACCCACGCGGUGGUGCGGAAGCUGCCCGAGUCCCUCGGCCAGCACGCGCUCAGGCGCACCAAGGGCGACGAGGUGGAUUUCGCCCGCGCCGAGCGGCAGCACCAGCUCUACGUGGGCGUGCUGGGCAGCAAGCUGGGGCUGCAGGUGAUGGAGCUGCCGGCCGACGAGAGCCUCCCGGACUGCGUGUUCGUGGAGGACGUGGCCGUGGUGUGCGAGGAGACCGCCCUCAUCACCCGACCCGGGGCGCCGAGCCGCAGGAAGGAGGUUGACAUGAUGAAAGAAGCCUUAGAAAAACUUCAGCUCAAUAUAGUAGAGAUGAAGGAUGAAAAUGCAACCUUAGAUGGUGGAGAUGUCUUAUUCACAGGCAGAGAAUUUUUUGUGGGCCUUUCCAAAAGGACAAAUCAACGAGGUGCUGAAAUCUUGGCUGAUACUUUCAAGGAUUAUGCGGUUUCCACAGUUCCUGUUAUCGAUGCUUUGCAUUUGAAGAGUUUCUGCAGCAUGGCUGGGCCUAACCUAAUCGCAAUCGGAUCCAGCGAACCUGCACAGAAGGCCCUCAAGAUCAUGCAACAGAUGAGUGAUCACCGCUAUGACAAACUCACCGUGCCUGAUGACAUGGCCGCAAACUGUAUAUAUCUAAAUAUCCCCAGCAAAGGCCAUGUCUUGCUGCACCGGACCCCAGAAGAGUAUCCAGAAAGUGCAAAGGUGUAUGAGAAGCUGAAGGACCACAUGCUCAUCCCAGUGAGCCACUCUGAACUGGAAAAGGUGGACGGGCUGCUCACGUGCUGCUCGAUUUUAAUUAACAAGAAGGUGGGCUCCUGAGUGAGUCCCUCAUCUGAGGCGCAGCACCCUCAGACCUGGGAUACUGCCCUCAGGAGGCCCAUAACUCUACCCAUCCCCGUUGUUUUCAUUGACAAUCUACUGUGCCACUGUGCUACUAACUGGUUUACAGAAGUUGAAUCCUAAGUUUAAUUGCUUUGUUCUGUAUCCUCCCCUUGAGGUGGUACCUAAGCUGUGAUUUGCUAAAUGAAUUAAGCAAUCUAGAAAAUAUAGCACUAAUGAAUUAUUGACAUGUGAUUAAUAAUAGUAAGGAAACACUCAUUUUUUUGUGUUUGUCUUACCUGUGUAAUGAUCGUUUAUUUGCCAGUAUGUUCUGAGAUGUGACUUCUUGAUCAGUCAGCUAAGCUGUGUUUUUUUCGAUCAUUAAUCAUCUUGGUUCCUGUGAAGUUCCUUCUUUUUUUCCUUUUGAACCCUAGAAGCUUUCUCCCAAUAACUUUCUUUGUCUUUCCCACCUCUGUACAGUCACCUUGUGUAAGAUCUGGGGUCUAGUCCACAGGCCACCUUCCAGCCUGUCAGCUGUGGUCUCCUCUGUUUCCAGGCUUCGUCUUACCCACCCCACUCUUCCUAAGAGAGCCAAAUGGGUCCCUCAGCAGAACCAGGACUAAAAUCAAAGCAGCUGUUUGGGGAGAGUUAUAUACACAGAGUCACAUUUUAAUAGGGUUUGCCCCAGAGAUCUAAAUUCAGAAGAAAUAGAGUACCAUACCUGGGAAGGUAAAUUCGGCACCAGGUGCUUGGUAGGGGAUUAUAGAUCAAGAAGCUUAGAAACAACCCAUGGGUACAACUCCAUAGAAAAUCUUUCAGUCACAUCCCAUGAAUUUUUGCUUCAUUACUGGCCAUAUGCAGAACAGUCUUAUUUUUUCAAAACUUCAACUCAUUUCUCUUUACUCCCCACUACCUAUUUUCAUUCCUCUACCUCCAGCCUUUCUACCACCUGCAAUUUUGAAAGAAAGCUAUUUCUUUCAAAAAAAAAAAAAAAAGAUAUCACAUCAAAAAAUGAUUACCGAUAGUCUGGCACCAGCCAGAUGGAGCAUGCCCCAGAGUGAUCAGCUAGGUGACUGAAACUGACCAUAGACAAUGGGCAAGUCUAUUUGAAAUAUCCAUGAAUACUUACUGUGGAACUCAGUGAAAUUGUCUUUCCUCUGUAGUCUUCAAAUUACACAACCUUAAGCUGACACGUGUCCCUUACGAACAACAAAGCAGCAAGGAAGGGAAAGAGCAUUGUCUCUUACUUAAACCUGAAAGAAUCAGCUUUCCACAGAGAAAUGGUACUUUCCAAGGAAUAAUGACUCACCGAGGCUUGUUAUCAAACUACCUAGUUAUGUCCACUGUUCCUGUGUUGCCUGUGGCUCGUUUAAGACUAAGAACCAGUACUGUUUUAGUACUUCAAGUCUUGCUCUGCCAACCUGUGUUUCUGAUCAAACAUUCUUCAUGUUUGGUGAUCAAGAGAGAAUUUCCUUCAUUCAUUGCAUCUUCCUCAUUGUAACUGGAGGUGACUAGACUCUGAGAAAACCAAGAAAUAAUAACCACUAUCUGUCUUUUUCAUUUAUAUAAUGACUUUUGCCAGAAUUUGAAGAAAUUCCUUCUCUUCCUUUUCCUCUUCGUUGCUUCAUUUUGAAAGACAGAUCACAUGCAAAUAUCUAAUUAUAUACACCCCAUGAAGGAACCAAAUCUUGGUUACUGUUAGAUUUUGCACUGCUUAUCAUGGAUGAGUAAUAUGUUUUCAACAGUGAGAGAAUGAAUGUUACCCAAAUGCCCAAGUUAAUGAAGAAAAAUUGCCCUGCGUCGUUAUACUUGCCUUUUGUGUUCUGGCAAUAUGCUGGAGAAAAGCAGAAAUUCUCCCUCUGCGAGUUUAACUUUUCAAAAGGAAAAAGAAAACUAACAGAACUAGCCAGUUUAGGUUUAAUAGUAAAGCCAGUUGCCAUACAAUUUUCAGUAUCUUUAGUUCUGCCAUCCUAAAUUAAGGAAGUAUUUUCCAUUAUGUUUAGUUAAUUACAAGUGAAUGGAUUUUUCUCUUGGACAAUUUGGGUUACAGAAGACUGUUUUUCACUUUUUCCUUUCCUUUGCUUCUUUCCCUCUUUCCUUCUUUGUCUCAAGAAAUCACAUCGUUUAUGUGUGUCUCUUCUAUAGUGACUCCUUUGUCACCUACUAUGCUGGCUUCUUUGGACUCCCUGUGUUAUGAUGAUGUGAAAGUCUAAAUAUUCACAGCAUAGUAGUGUUACUUCUUUGGUGUUCUCAUCAAUAUAAUGUCAUCUUUAAAGAAGAAAGAUAAUCCAUUAUUUAGGCCAUACCCUUGUCUAUUGUGAUUUAUAAGGAUAGAUAAACUAACAGAAGCUGCUUUAUGAAGUUAUAAAGACAUUAGGAAGUGUAUUUAAGUGAGUAAACGUUAAGUCAGAAUUAGUUGGUCAGUAAGAAUCAAUCGAAUAAGAAUAAUAUAGAGAGAAUACAUUAUUUAGUAUUAUUUCUUAAGAUAUGGUGGGUUGCUAUAGAAAUCAGCAGGCAGAUGUCUCUGUGUAUUGAUUGCUCUUUUAAGCCACUGUGAACAGAUUACUAUGGCUGUCUAUCUCUAAGGGAAAAGAGUCUAAAGGUGAAAAUGUGACUUAUAUAGAGUUGCAUGUUAGUCUGUCAUUUUUCACUUAAACAUUCUACAGAACAGACAUGAUUCCAACCUGCCGUGAGAGCUGCAUGUUUUGCAUUCGUUGCAGCCGGUGUGUGGCCAUCCACUCUGUGUGCCAAAGCCAGUGAUGCCUUUGAUGGCCCUUCAGUCCAGAGAAGUUCUGCACUGAUUUUAGUCUCUUGCUGUCCCAGUCCUACAAGUAUACCAAUCACGAUGGAAUAAAGUGUGAGUUGUACUGUGA